GCUCGCUAAGACUAUCUAAAUUGCUGUCAAUCGCUGUGCGCCAAUCGAGUUGCUGAAGGAGUGCAAUAAAUAUGAAUUAAAUGGCAGUGGCCCACAGUGAGGCAGCAAUCGCAGCAGCAGCAGCAGCGAAUGCAGCAGCAGCAACACUAAUACAGUAGUAGCCAUCCAAGCCGCGCAGUCCCACGUCCCCGGAGAUCCCCAGUUGUUGGCCCAGCCAUGAACUCCAACUCCUGCAGCGACAGUAGUAACGAGUCCAUGGUCAAUCCGGCGCAUAUUCAGAUGAACUUUGGCCAGCCGACGCAGCAGCAGCAACAGCAAUCGCAUCAGCAGGGACAGCAACACCAGCAGCAGCAGGAGCGAUAUGUAUGGGAGAUGCGAACCCGUAGUCCAAAUGUAACGCCAGCCAGCACGGUGCUCAAUUCGCCGGAUCUCAAUGCCGAGCUGUCCUAUGUCCCGCUACAGGGUCUUUCACCAUCCGGUGGAAGUGGUCAGGUGCCCGGCGGUUAUGGUGUAAAUUCUGGCCGAGAUUCCGGCGGCUAUUACUACCAGCGUCCUCAUCUGCAUCAGAUACGGCUGGGCAGGAGUCCGGGCAGCCAGUUCGAGUCCCGGGAUGUUCUGCCACAGGGAUUGGCCAGUCCUGGCUCGCCAACGGAUGUGGGCAAGGCGGACGGUCAAUGUCUGCGGGAUGGUGAGAUUGUGGUGUUCGACGACAUCGACACCAAUUGGAUGAACAAGGCAUCAAGUGGCCAGCGUCCGGGAAGUAACGAGGAUGUCCUUAAAGUGACCAAGAUGAUUGGCCAGCUGCCAAUUGCCGAAUAUGAGGGAUCACCGCGACGAUUUGGCAGUCAGCCGAACACAAACACGAUUACCUUGGGUGGUCCACGAAAACGUCCGCCGGGAUUCCCGCAAAGGGUUUCACCUACAACGAGUGCCGGUGGCAAUAAUGCAACCGCCUCGGCCAAGGCAUCUGUAGGCAACCUUAUCGAUCUGAUCGAUCACGAGGAUGAGCGUUCGGGGACGCUACGUGAGAAGACCCCGACUUUCGAUUACCUGUACGAGUUUUCGGAGACCAGGAAAGUUUUAGAAGAAUUCUUCAAGGCGAAUCCGGAGGACGAGAAGCGAUACACGGACUACACCACGGAAAGUGGUGACGAUGUGGCCAGUUCGCAGCAACAGGAGUACCCAGCGACGCCCAUGGAACAGGCAUACAUUGGCCAGCGGCUGGCGAGAAUACCCAAAGAUGAGCUCUACAUGGUGCACCGCUCCCCCAUCAAGAAGCCACCCAGUGACCAGAAUGCAUCGUCGACCUACCAGGAGCACAAUGACAUCGAGCUCUAUAUUGAUUCGAAUAGUCGUAGCAGUGGUGAUUUGGCAGACACCGAGUUGGAGGCCAAUUUACGGCGGCAUUCGCGGAAUUUUACCCUUUCGCCUGAGACGACGGACUACGAUUCGAACUGUGGCGACCUGGACAGCCUGUCCAACGACAUCAACUGUCCAACGGAUUAUGGGAAACUGUAUACGAGCAUGCCAGUUCUGGAAGAUGGCCUAAGCAGUGGCCAUGCCUCCGAUACAGAAAACAAUGUUUCUGUGGUGUGUGACAAGCAACAGUCGUCCCAAUCGCAGCCCGUCCACGAGCACAACGGUAAUGGUGAGCGGCAUGAAAACGAUUACAAUGUUAUGAGUGCCAGCAUGGCCACGUUGACGACAGAUGCCUCGCAAUCGGCACUGAUAAGCGACUUUGCCUCGCUGCCCAUGCCCCCGGCUCCACCACCAUCAUCACCGCCACAAAUCGAAAUCGCCGAUGCCACUGAAUCCAUGGCAAUCGCAGCAGAUGCUGAAAAUCCCUUGGACAGUCACUACGGUGCAGUUUAUGCAGCAGCUAUGGGAGGAGGUUCCGUAACAGAAAAGUCAGGUGGAUCAGGUUUAGGUGUGACUUCAGGGACUGCAGGAGGAUCUCUGCCAUCGCAGGCUGCUUCGGAAAUUCAAGAAGCCAUGAAGGAGAUCCGUUCCGCCUUGCAGAGGGCUAAGACUCAGCCGGAAAAGCUAAAAUUUUGCGAUGAUGUGCUGCCUACGGAUCCAGAUUCCCCUGUCUGGGUUCCACGCAAGACGACGGCUAUCUCAGCGGCGCAGGCUGCGGCGGCGGAUGAGGAACCGGACACGGACCUGGAAACGGAUCGCUUGCUGGGUCAGCAGCGGCACGACGAACAGGAUUUUUUCGUCGAUCAGUCACUGGCGGACAGCAAUGCCAACGAGGGCACGGAGAUCGCCAGCAAUGGCCAUAUGAAUGGGAUGGCGGACAACAACAAUCCGAAUCCAAUGCCGAAUAUUAAGCCGCAGACCUAUUCGACGGCCACCAUACGGCAGGGCAUUGGCACCUCGUUGACUCCUAAUUCGCCGGACAUCUGCCAGAUUGUGGGCACGGCGGACAUCUCUAUAAGUUCGCCAGAGAAAUUGCAAUUCAGCAAGAGUCCCACGGGAUCCAUCAAGUCGCUGAAGGAUUCGGCGAACUCGGAUAAGAAAGCCAAGUCGCGAAACAAGGAGGGUCUUUUGGAACCCAAAGUUCUCAUUGAGGGCGUGCUAUUCCGGGCCAGAUACCUUGGAUCCACUCAACUCGUUUGCGAAGGUCAGCCAACCAAGUCGACCAGAAUGAUGCAGGCCGAGGAGGCUGUCUCCAGGAUCAAGGCUUUGGCUCCCGAAGGUGAAAGCCAACCGAGCACUGAAGUGGACCUGUUCAUAUCAACCGAGAAGAUAAUGGUGCUGAACACGGAUCUCAAGGAGAUCAUGAUGGACCAUGCCCUUCGUACUAUAUCCUAUAUAGCCGACAUUGGCGAUCUGGUUGUGUUGAUGGCUCGUCGCCGGUUCGUGCCCAAUAGUGUUGUGGAUCCAGCGACUGCCAGUCCAUUGGGUGAUGUGCCCAGUCCGGGAAUGGGUGAGGAUGGGUCACCGCCGAAAGAGCCACUCAGCAAGCACAAUCGCACGCCCAAGAUGAUCUGCCAUGUGUUUGAGAGUGAUGAGGCGCAGUUCAUAGCCCAGUCCAUCGGACAGGCCUUUCAGGUGGCCUACAUGGAGUUCCUGAAGGCUAACGGCAUCGAGAAUGAAAGCUUGGCCAAGGAGAUGGACUACCAGGAGGUGCUUAACAGCCAAGAGAUCUUUGGCGACGAGCUUGAGAUCUUUGCCAAGAAAGAGCUGCAAAAGGAGGUGGUGGUGCCGAAGGCCAAAGGCGAAAUCCUGGGCGUGGUAAUCGUUGAGAGUGGUUGGGGCUCUAUGCUGCCCACCGUAGUGAUUGCCAAUCUGAUGAGCUCCGGAGCAGCUGCUCGCUGUGGCCAGCUGAACAUCGGUGACCAGCUAAUCGCCAUCAAUGGCAUGAGCUUGGUGGGACUGCCGCUGUCCACCUGCCAGAGCUACAUACGCAAUGCCAAGAACCAAACUGCCGUCAAGUUCACCGUUGUGCCCUGUCCGCCUGUUGUCGAGGUCAAGAUCCUGCGACCCAAGGCGCUGUUUCAAUUGGGUUUUAGUGUUCAAAAUGGCGUGAUCUGCAGCCUUUUGCGUGGAGGAAUCGCCGAGCGGGGCGGAGUACGCGUAGGCCAUCGCAUCAUUGAGAUUAACAACCAGAGCGUGGUGGCUGUUCCACACGAUACCAUUGUCAAGCUGUUGUCAUCCUCAGUGGGCGAGAUCCUAAUGAAGACGAUGCCCACGUCCAUGUUUCGUUUGCUCACCGGCCAGGAGACGCCUAUCUAUAUAUAAAAAAAAAAAUAUAUAUAUAUAUAUAUGACACUGUUCACACGCCUGCGCUGGAAUCGAAAAACUAUAAAUUCGUCGCGAACAACCCGAUCAGCUUUAAGUUCCAUCAACUGAAAACGAAUCGACUGUGAGUUAAAAUGAUUCGAAAAUAGACCAAUUACUGGAAUUCGAUUAGCCUUAGGUUGGAAAAAUUGUUUACGGAUUUGUAGCCUUAAAAAACCUAGUAAACAGCACGAAGAAGGAUAAUGUUCAUUUUAGCCAAUUUUUAAUGAUUUCACAAUUUGUAAAUCGAUAAAGCCUUAAAAUGAGAUUAAUUGCUUAUCAACAAAAGAUCGUUCAACUGCCCAGAAUCGAUAUAUUGCAAUGUGUGGAGAUUAUCAUAACAGUUCAUGAAGAUAUUUUACUAAUUGGUUAUUCUUUUUAUUAUUGUUUCUUACCAUCUUUGUAUAUGAAAAAGACUGAAUUUAAAGCCAGUGCGAGUGUAUGUGAGCAGUCAUUGUAAAGUAUUUAAAGCGAAAGGAUGAAGAUGAAUGUCCCAAAAAAUAGAUAUACCCCGAAGAUUCCCAUUAUUAACCCCUCGCAUCCCUAAGCUUAAGCAUUCGAUUGAAUUUACUUGCAAGCAAUUAUUUAUGAUAUGAUCUAAUCCCAUUAUUUGUCAUGUAAAUUAACAACGUACUUUAGUUCUUUUUAACUACAUUUAUAAUUUUCGAAGAAUGAGAAGCAAAAAGCUACACACACACACACACACACCUUAUGCCAAAAAAGAGUUAGAUUUCGUUAAACUUAUUAUUGUAUAGAGCCAUUGCGGAUGAUUAUUGCAAUACAUUUACCGAUAUUUAUAAUUAAAUUAAAUAAAUAGCCUUAGUAAAACGAAGCCAUGCCUGCAAAACAACAGCAACAACAAAACAAACAACAAACAAACAAAAUAAAUGCAUUUAAAAAGCGUCAGAGAAAAAUAAGAAAAUAAAAAGUGAAAAAAAAAAAUGAAAAUUAAGGAAAAACCAAGCGCAUAUUGAUUCUAAUUGUAUAUGUAAUGUCUGUACAAGAAAUCUGCACAUUUCUCGAUCGAUUAUUGCCAUAUAUACAUAACGAUAUAUAUAUAUAUAUACUCGUAACGAUAAAUAUGAUAAAUCUAAAGCGAAAACAAUAAGCAAAACAGCAAAAGUAAUACGAAGAACAAUAAUUUCAGCAUUGUCUAGUUUUUCUGUUAAGCGAGGGCGUACCAUAAAUGUUUAAGAAAGAGACGGCGAUGGAUGGGAGCCAUUGUAGCAAACAGAGACGGCACCAUGCAUAGCGAAAGAGAUAGAGAGAGAGAGAGGAGAGAGCUUAUUUUUGCAUACUUUAAAAAGCGACAAACAAAAAGGCAAAUAAACCACAAGAAACGCAAGUAAUUGAAACCAAUAUGUAUACAUAUGUUAUUAAUCUAAAUGGAAAUGACUAAACUAAAAGAAUAUUUUAAAUAUUUCAAGUGCAGGUAACAACAAAAGACGCAAGCUAAUAAUAUUUAUAUAAAUAUAUAUAUAUAUUAAAAAAAACAAAUACUUCUGAUUGCCAUUCGGAAGCGCAGGUGCAAUAUUUUUGCAAAACACAGACAAACACACACACACACACAGCCAGAACAAUUAAUUAAUAUAAAUUUCUAAGCUACUCGGGACACGGCAAGAACACACUAAGUAACCCACUAAAGAAACUCUCUGCUACUGCGCCUCUAACUAACUUCGAAAAACCAAACACUAAUCGUAUACUACCUAAUGCAAUUUAUUUAUUAAUACUUAACACGUGACCGAAUGCAAACGACAGCGAGAAACAAAAAUAAACUACAUUUAUACACAAAAAAUUAUAGUUAAGAAGUUUAAAGUUUUAAGAGAUUUUUAAUGGAUUAAAAGCUUGUGAGAAAAGUAAGUUUUGAGGUAAGUUUGAAGGCACUUUUGGCCUUUUAAUUUGAAAUUAUAUUCCACAAAGGAUAUCUUUUUGAGUUAUAAAAUAUAAAAUCUAUUAUUUAUUCCAAGUAAACUUUAUUUUGUAACCCUUUUUAA